GAUUUUAAACCCGUGUUUUGUUGAUCGGAGCCACGCACACUAGACUAGACAGAUCAUCUUGUUCCUGGAGGUGGAACAUGAAGCAUCCCGUUUGGCUUGGCGUUGAACUUCCUUAAUUUUUCCAUAAAAUCACUCGCUGCUCUCUCACUGCACUUUACUAUGGAAACUACGUCAGUUCUCCUUCACUCUAAAACAAUUCCUUUCAGUUUCACCAUCUCUCACAACAACAGCAGAAAACUCUCUUUCAGGCAUUCCAACAAACAGUUUCAAUACCGUUUGUCAAAUAACAAUUUCCUCUUUGGUCAAAGCCUUAAACCCAUCAAAAACCAAGCAGAACUUCCCUUUUCACUAUAUCAAUCAACUUCAUCACUGAAAAUUACAAUAACACACUUGUUAUCUCCUCCCAAAUGCUCAUAUUCCGGCUCUGCAAGCACAGACGUUUCUCAAAACCACCCAUUUUUAAAACCCUUCAAAAACCUCUCUCUUGAUGAACUGAAAGCGACCCUUUUGCAAUUAACCCCUAUUGAUAUCAUCAAGUGGUCAGGUAUCUUAUCAAUUGCAAUUGCAACCACAAAAUGGACUGUGAAUUUGGUCUUGAACCCGUUUUUCUGGAUGUAUUUUAGCUGGACAUGGUUGUUUUGGCCGUGGUUUGUGGCUAUAUUACUUGCUGUUUAUGGGUUAUAUUGCUUUUAUAAGCAUUCAAUCGGCGAAGCUAGAAUUUUUGAGCAACUUGCGAUUGUUACAUCAAUGUUCACUUGGUUAACUCUAGUCCCUCCAGCCCAUUUCAAUGGAUACCUACAAGGAUGGCCUUUUGUGUUCUUUUUUGUGUAUCAUUAUUUCUUUUUCUUCAAUGUAAGUGUGAGGAAACGUUUGUAUGGUGAUUAUUAUGCACGCCCGCAUGACCCGAAGUGGGAUUUAAAACCACCCAGAUGGUCUCGCCUUUUGUUCUGCGUUGGGGUCAUGGUUGGGCACUGGCUUGCAGCUUUUGAAGGUCCAGAGCUGCACCUCAUUCCUGGUGGGUGGAACAACGUGGGGAUUUGGAUUUUGAUAUUGGCAACUUGGCUAAUGCAGUAUAAUUCUACAUUUUACCUUGCCAAGUAUUCGGAGAAGGUGGUGGUGCCUAUUGCUGUUGUGCAAUUUGGGCCAUAUAGGUGGGUCAGGCACCCGAUCUAUUCAUCGACAAUGCUUCUCUUUGCGACUUAUUUCCUUGCGCUUCGUGCACCUUUGAGCCUAUUGUUUGUGGUAGCGGUAUGUUUGAUGUAUUAUGCACAGAAGGCAAAAAUGGAGGAGGAUCUAAUGAUUGAGACUUUCGGGGAGAAGUAUCUAGAGUACAUGGGUAAAGUUCGGUACAAGUUCAUUCCUUUGGUUUAUUAAGACAGCAUCCAGGUAUGCGUUGUUGAUUCCUCAACGUGACCAAUUUUCUUGGAUAAAGGUGCUUGGAUUUUUAAUUGAGAAGGAAAAAAUAUUAAAUUACCGCGUUCCAUUGUUUUAAUCGUUACUCAUGUCUUUCGGCUUUUCUUGGUGUAAGUUUUCAGAGUGCUUCGCUGUGACUUGUUUAUUCAUUCCUAUGUCUAAUGCAAUGAGCUAGUUUAGUGGUGACUCCUUGUGCUAA